AUGUCCCAUUUUCUUUCUUUUGCCCGCGCAUACGAGGUUCCCAUUCUUGACACAGACUAUUCUCGGCAAAUAUGUAGCGGCAUGUGGGGAGGGUCUUCUGCGUUUAUCAAUGUCAGCUUUGCCGCCUCGUCACAAGGGCAACUUGCAAUGGUGAUAUACGAAUGGGCAGAUGCAAAGUAUCUCGGGAAUGCGACGAGUACAGACGAAGACCUGCCUAAGAUAUAUGUUUGUACCUCCAGCGCAGUCUUGAGUGGGUUCUGCACGCGCGAACAGCUUGGCCGUUUUAUUCUCGAUCUUCCGAACGGCAAAACUAUCAACGAUACUAGCUUCUGGUCCACUAGAGUUGAUCUUCCUGCAAAUAAGACCUCCGCUUCACCGACGUCUGCCAUCACGGCAGAUAGCUUGUGGGACAACCCUGCUGGAAAUCCGACACCCCCUGCCAGCCCCUACGACUCACCCUGGCGUCGUCGCUCUAGCUCUAGCUAUUUAGUCUCAUCCAGAAGACAAAUUAACUCUAGUCCUGCUGACAUAUAUUCCUAUACAUCACCGAUCUCUUACCCGGUCCGUAAAACUGGAUUUUAUUGUGUAGCUGUCAUUCCUGUAACUGUUCAAUCUCCUACCGCGGAGACUGACAUUACCCGACAUCCAUCGUAUAACGGCCUCGUCCUUUUCAAGAAUACAUUCGACGGGAAAUUAGCAGCAACCGACUAUCCGAAAGUUAACUUUUAUUUCGCCAUGUUCAUCGUAUACUCUGUGUUUGGGAUGACCUGGGCUUGGUUGUGCUAUCAGCACAUGCAAGAGUUGUUACCAAUCCAAUAUUACCUUUCUGGACUCGUUGGCUUGCUAAUAACAGAGAUGGUUGCCAACUGGGGUUAUUAUCGGUAUCUCAAUGCCCAUGGCAGAAGUACAGCGUCUACUGCGUUUUUGAUUGUCGUUGCUAUCUUGGAUGCCGGUCGCAACUCCAUGUCGUUUUUUAUGUUGCUUGUUGUGUCCUUGGGUCUCAACGUUGUUUGUGAAUCUCUUGGUCGGACAAUGCUCAAGUGUCAAGCCCUUGCGGUGGCUCAUUUUAUAUUUGGGAUCCUCUACGCUAUUGGCAUCGUUGAACUUGAACUAGAAUCGACCUCCGCGUUGAUAUUGCUUCUUUUCAUCAUCCCACUCGCCUUCACUUUAAGCGGUUUUCUCUUGUGGAUUAUGUAUGCUCUGAAUGCCACAAUCGCUCAGCUCCGCGCGCGGAAACAACGGUACAAGCUCAAGAUGUUCGAACGACUGUACUACAUCCUUUUAUUUUCAGUCCUCAUAAUUGGAGUUUUUUUUGUGGUCUCCUCGAUGUCCUUUUCAGGCCGACUUGCAGAAGACUACGCCGGCAGGACGUGGCGUGUGCGGUGGUGGCUCUUGGAUGGUUGGCUGGCUCUUCUUUAUCUUGUAUCCUUUAUUGCGAUUUCAUUUCUUUGGCGACCAACUGCAAAUAACAGAAGAUGA